AUGUCCAGUAUCUACAAGGCCCUAUCAGGCAAGAACCAGAAGAAGAAGGAUGGGAACGCCGGCGCUGAGAAGCAGUACAUGAACAAGCAGCGUGUGUUGCUCAUCUCGUCGAGAGGAGUUACAUACAGACAUAGGCACUUGAUCCAGGACCUGCACAGUCUGAUGCCGCACUCGCGCAAGGAGCCCAAGCUGGACACAAAGAAGGAUUUGGGGCAGCUGAACGAGAUUGCAGAGCUGUACAACUGCAACAACGUGGCGUUCUUCGAGGCGCGCAAGCACCAGGACCUAUACAUGUGGCUGUCGAAACCCCCCAACGGGCCCACAGUCAAGUUCUAUCUCCAAAAUCUGCAUACGAUGGACGAGCUGAACUUCACCGGGAACUGCUUGAAGGGCUCGCGCCCCGUGCUCUCGUUUGACAAGCGCUUCGAUACGCAACCACAGUACCGGCUCUUCAAGGAAAUGUUCAUCCACACGUUCGGCGUGCCUCCACAGGCGCGCAAGUCCAAGCCGUUCAUCGACCAUGUGAUGUCCUUCAGCAUAGUGGACGACAAGAUCUGGGUCCGCAACUACGAAAUCUCACACGCCGCGCGCAACAACAGCGAAUACGAGGACAAGCAGGACGAGGACAUAUCCCUGGUCGAGAUCGGGCCGCGCUUCGUCAUGACGCCAAUCCUGAUCCUGGAGGGCGCCUUUGGCGGCCCCAAGAUAUACGAGAACAAGCAGUACGUCUCGCCCAACGUGGUCCGCGCUCAGCUCAAGCAGGAGGCCGCCAAGGAAGCCCGGGCGCGCGCAGACGCCGCCGUCCAGCGCAAAAUCAAGCGUCGCGACAACGUGCUGGCUAUGGACCCGCUGUCGAACGAUGCCCUCUUCAAGAACUGA